GCAAUAAGUUAGUCGUCGUCAAAAUAUUAUACUGUCAGCAGUAAAUAAAUACCACUUACCAUAUAUCAAUUGAUAAACAUGGAUAAUCUCGAUAAUAAUGCGUGGGUAUUUGACUCUUUAGUGGGGUUUCUACACGGACCAGUGUGGAAUAUACCUUUACAGACAUUUAUAGAAGAAAAAUCUUUACUUUUUGAGCCCACUGAUGAUGGCGAAGUGCUCGAUAGACCGGAGUAUAAAACGAUUCACGACGAAUAUCGUAAUUUGGUGGAUGUAAUGCUGGGUUCUUUCAUGGAUGAUAUUGGCAUAUCAGCUGAUCAGUUCGAAGCAGCGUGUCGCCUAUCCGCAAAGGAUCUUACUGGAUUUCCUACUUAUUUUCAUAAGCGUCUCUUUGAGCAAAUAUGGGCUGCGAACGACUACGAAAUGUUUGUUAAAAUGAUGACUCAUAAGAAUGUUGAAUUGCAACUACAGGCCUUGGAACUAAUAGAGAAACGGUUUGGAGCGAUGCCCAAUUUAUUCUCUACGGAACCAGAAGAUGUCGAAUGUUCGCGGAGUGACGAAAAUCCCGAUUGGCCGGACAAUGAUGAUGUCAUGACAGAAAUAAAAAAGUUGCAAUUAGAAGAUAUAGAAGUAAAGAAUGAAAAAGUAGCUGUACCACCAGAAGAAGUCGUCGCAGAAAAACAGACGUUGCUGUCAAAACUGCAUCACAUUAAAAAGAACGACCAAAUAGUAGACAAAAAGAUAGAGAAAGUUCACUUCAUAGAGGAACCUAUAAAAGCGAAAAAAGUUGAGGUGAGUGAAGAAGAAGUUCGAGCACGGCAAGAAUACUUAAAACAGCAACGAGAUAAACUUCUGGCUCUCAAGAAACAAGUACGCGAAAAGCGACUUGACGUUGUAACAAAUAAAAAUGAGACCAGAGUUGGUGAAGGCUCAAAACCUGUCGCCAGGCCAAGAUCUGCUCGCGUGGCUCAAGCAGCACUGGCUGGAGCUACACCAGCGCCACCACCCGACGCAAUGCAAUUGCGAAAAGCACUCGCAUCUAAACUGAAAUCUGAAGUAGUCGAUAAUAAGCAUUAAUAUUGUCUGCAUUUAAAUUAUAUUUUAAAUAAACUGCUCUAUAUGUA